CGAGGACAAGAGCCGAGGACAAGAGCCGAGGACAAGAGCCGAGGACAGAAGGCGGGGACAGGAGGCGAGGACAGGAGCUCAUCUCCGGGGGCAGGAGGAGGUUUUGGUCCUGGAGGUUCUGACACAUCAACAGGUUCUGAGUUAAACCUGGACCUGGAUGGUUCUAAACCAGGACCAAACCAGGUCUGAACCGGGUCCAGACCCGGCGUGACCCCGGCGUGACCCCGGCGUGACCCCGGCGUGACCCCGGCGUGACCCCGGCGUGUGUGUGGAUGGCGUUUCCGGGCUCGUACGUGUGGCGAGGGCUGCGGACGCUCGGCCUCGUCCUGCUUUAUUACAUCUUCUCCAUCGGGAUCACGUUCUACAACAAGUGGCUCAUGGAGAACUUCCACUUCCCGCUCUUCAUGACGCUCGUGCACUUGUCCAUCAUCUUCGUUCUGUCGGCGUUGACGCGCAGAGUCCUGCUGUGUGUGACCGGGAAACCCCGCGUGGUGCUGGGCUGGAGGGACUACCUGUGCAAGGUCACGCCCACAGCUGUUGCCACGGCGCUGGACAUCGGUCUGUCCAACUGGAGCUUCCUCUUCAUCACCAUCAGUCUAUACACCAUGACCAAGUCUUCGGCGGUGCUCUUCAUCCUCUUCUUCUCUCUUGUCUUCAAACUGGAGGAACCCAACCCGUUCCUGGUGGUGGUGGUCGUCCUCAUCUCCUCAGGCCUCUUCAUGUUCACGUACAAGUCGACUCAGUUUAACCUGGAGGGCUUCGUCAUGGUUCUUCUGGCGUCGUUCAUCGGGGGAAUCCGCUGGACGCUCACUCAGCUGCUCAUGCAGAAGGCCGAGCUCGGGCUGCAGAACCCGAUCGACACCAUGUUCCACCUGCAGCCGGUCAUGUUCCUGGGUCUGCUCCCGCUCUUCCUCGCCAACGAAGCUGUCAGUCUGAGCAUGUCGUCUCGGCUGUUCCGGGUGGUGCACCUGUCCCCCCCCCUGUCCUCCCUCCUCUUUCUGGGGGUGGGGGGGCUCCUCGCCUUCGGGUUGGGCUUUUCCGAGUUCCUCCUGGUGUCCAAGACGUCCAGCCUCACACUGUCCAUCUCAGGGAUCUUCAAGGAGGUGUGUACUCUGGUGUUGGCGUCGCGGUUCAUGGGGGAUCAGUUGACGUUGAUGAACUGGUUCGGGUUUGUCGUUUGUCUCAGUGGAAUUUCUCUGCACGUCGUCCUCAAGGUUCAUUACUCCAAAAGUGAGUCUGGAUCAAAAACCAUCUAA